AUGUUGUUUCUGUCCGUCAAAAAACUUGUGCACUAUGGAGUGUUGUUGCUGUUAUGGAUCAGAUCGAGUUAUCAACAAGAAGAGGAUAUACCUCACAACGAAGUAAAAAACUGGGCCUUGAAAUUUGGCGUAGAUCUAUGGGAGUUUGGCAAACAAGUUACGAAAAUGAGCGAAAUACAAAGGAAAUAUCACGAAAUGGAGGCUGAAAUUGUCAGAAAGGAUGGUCUCGUCUUAGUGCGAGAAAUGGUCGCAGAAGUAAAGAAUAUGUUGGAUUUUAAAAUGAACGCCGUUAUGAGAUUGGUAGAGAGCGCCGAACAGGCAGCAGUGUCGGCACCAAGAGAUGGUAAUGUAUCUCCGAAAUACUACGCUUCCCAGCGUUUUGACGCUUCUGCCGGAGAUGGAAAAGCAUCAGGCGGGGCCGGUCAAGAUACUUUCCUCUCUUCUAAUCGACACUUUGAUCAUUUAGCUGUCAACGUUACUCUUUCAACGGUUUUGUUACCUGUUGGUGUCAAAGACGACGAUCGUGAAGUAGCUGCCGGUAUUCAAUGGAGCGAAUACUUGGAUUUAUUGUUCGUUAACAAUUACGAAAGCGAUCCAUCACUUUCCUGGCAAUACUACGGAGCGACUUCGGGAUUCUUAAGACGUUUUCCUGCAAUUUCCUGGCCACCGAUGGAAGAACGAACACCCAGCACAAACAAAAAUUCGAAUCGAGUUGUUCGAGACGUAUACGAUUUUCGAAUUUCCAAUUGGUUUGUUGGUGCUGCGAAUAGCCCAAAAGACUUGGCAAUAUUAGUUGAUAUCGAGUGUUAUGCUUCCGAGAGGAAUAAACGUCUGGCCACAACCACCGUUCGAACUAUACUCGACACUCUAGGUCCCGAUGAUUACAUUAACGUUUAUCGUUACGGAGACACCGCGGAAGAGAUCGUUCAAUGCUUUAAAGACAGUUUGAUUCAAGCAUCGCCAGAAAAUAUACAAGAAUUAAAAGUAGCAGCGAGUUCGAUGAAGCACGAAGAAACGCCGACGAAUAUAUCGGCUGCUCUCGGAGCAGCUUUUGAAAUUCUUCACAGAUAUAAUAGAACAGGUCAAGGAAGUCAGUGCAAUCAAGCAAUUAUGAUAAUUACCUCCGAUAAUACUGGCUUACCUACAGAUGUAAUCAAGCGAUAUAAUUGGCCUCAUAUGCCCGUUCGUAUUUUUACCUAUCUCAUCGGAGGUGAUAAAAGUCCCGAAUUGCGUAAUACAGCAUGCGCGAACAAAGGAUUUUAUGCGAGAAUUACCGAAUUAGAAGACAUCAAGAGUAAAGUUUUCGAAUAUGUAAAAGUGCUCGCUCGGCCUAUGGUACUGUAUCAACAUGAUCAUCCUAUUCAUUGGAGUCCAGUUUACGUUGGUGGAAAGAGCGGACGAUAUGGUAAGGAGAACAUUGGACAGCUAAUGACAUCGGUUACCGCGCCCAUUCUAGAUCGUCGAAACUAUACGGUAAAAACAGCCAAUUUAUUGGGUAUCGUGGGUACCGAUGUACCCGUGGAAGAGAUUCAGAAAUUGGUCCCCCCUUACAAGUUAGGUGUCAACGGGUACUCCUUUAUCGUCGAUAAUAAUGGUCGUGUUCUGUAUCAUCCGGAUUUACGACCUUUGCCAGGGAACACGGACUACGAGGAAACGUUAAAACCUACGUAUAUUAGUGUAGACUUGUCGGAAGUCGAACUCGCAGAGUACGAUGGACCGUCGCAUCCGUUGAACAAUUCCCUUCUUCUCGAUUUAAGGCACGAUAUGAUCGACCAAAAGGAAGGCGAGACUGACUUUGCAAUCAAAAUUCAUUACGAUGAUAUGAGACGAGUCACCAUUAGACGUCACAAUUAUUUUUAUAAAGCGAUAGAAGGAACGCCGUUUUCAUUGGGAUUAGCGUUGCCCGAGGGUUACGGCAUGUUUGAAUUGUUAGCCGAACACGAAAUCAAACGCGCUAUAAUAAAUGUAACCGAGUAUUUUAAGGGAAACAAUUGGAAAGUGCAUCCCGACUGGGUGUACUGUGAAUAUAGUUCGGCUUCCGAAAAGUGGUUCCCCUCUCCCGAGAAACGCGUUCUCCAUUUUCUGGCUCGAGCGUUGGUCCCGGGGUGGAAAUGGAUGUCCUUGAGACCAAGGAAUCCGAGCUCGCACCAUAAGCAAGCGAGCAAAGCCGACAAGGAUGCUUAUUAUUGCGACAAAAGAUUGGUGCAGUCCCUCGUGUUGGACGCUUUGGUCACCGAUGGUUUCGACAAAAGAGGUGCGAUGCAUAAAGAAGAGUAUCAAAGCCCUAUUGCCAUACUGAUGGCUCUGCUGCACAGUCAAGGAAAGGGCACAUUUGGUGUAACACGGAGUUUCAUCGCAACUAGAAGCGGUCUGUUUCGUUGGCACGAGCAUCAACAAAACGAAGAAACCAUCGAUGAAUCACCAUUUGCCGAGAAAUACGCAAGAGCUAUGGAUUCCUCUUGGUACAAACGUGCCGUGGAUCAACAUUCGAUAGAACCGGAAAGUUUUGUUUUCAGCGUGCCCUUUGACGCUGCCGACAGUCCUACUCCAUUGGUCACUGCUACUCAUGCGGUUUUUAUCGGGAAAGGACAUAAAGCACCGGCUGCGGUCGUAGGUUUACAGUUUCAACAUUCUUCCCUGGCGUCUCGCUUCGUCAACAUCACAUCUACGUGCAGCGGUACAAGCUGCAAGAAAAACUGCGCUUCCGAAGAGUUGGAUUGCUACAUCUUAGACAAUAACGGGUUCAUCAUUAUCAGCGAACGUCACGAACAUACUGGAAAGUUCUUUGGCGAGAUCGACGGUACUAUAAUGGAUUCUCUGGUUCAGGACAGAAUCUAUAGGAAAGUAACAGUGACCGAUUAUCAGGGUAAAUGUAGCCCGCAAGAGUCCCAUCAAUCGGCAGCACCGAGAACAUUUUCGGAAUCAAUCGCGACCACAAUCGUGAUAUUGGGAAAUUUCCUUUGGAGCAUGGCUUUUGGCUUUAAUUUUCAGAAUUUAUGGCAAGUUGCUUUCGCGUUCGCUGGCGAACCCCCCAGACCACUGGAUGACAACUCGAUCCUAACUGAUACGCUCGGAGAAGCGCACGAGUUCGAAUCGUUCGCAACAGGCGGAGAAUUGACUGACGAGCCAAUACCGGACGAAAAUGACGCGUUCCCAAGACUUCCAGCGAUCGCUGUUGCAACCCCAGCUUCUUCUACCGGAACAACGCGAGCUACAUUCGCAGCUCAUUACUCACAGAGACAAUUAAGGUCCUGCGAGAAGAAGACGGAUCUUUAUAUUUUGCAGCCUGAAAGGCUCAAUACCAGCGGACAAAGUAAUCCUUUGAAAGGAAAGUUAACCAAUUGUCACGUCACCGGUUGCGAGAGGCCGUUCAGUGUACAAAAGAUUCGUCACACGAACCUAAUUCUGCUAGUGGUCGACACGUUGUGUCCAUGCGGGAGCAAACAACUGAGCAUCGAUCCUAUAGAGGCUCUCACGGAGCCCGGAGCUUGUACCGCGAGAAGAGAACGUUUGUAUCGCCGUAGGCCUCCGAAAUGUAUAAAUUAUCAUCCAGAAGAGAUGGAGAUCAAGUUUUGUGGUAGCGCGAGUCGUCCUUGUCUUCAUUUCUCCUUCAUGUUGGUUAUUGCGAUUGCUUUGAGUACUCUCGCGACGACACGGCUCGCGUGA